UAUAACAUCCAUAAGGCAUCUAACAAAAUACUUGAGGAUUAAAAUUAAUUAUUAAAAUUUUGAAGUAUAUUUGCCAUUAUAAAUUAUAAUAUUAUUUAAGACAACUUUCUAUUUGUUACGGUUAAUAAAAUAAAAAACAUAAAAUGUUGUUAAAUUGUUUGGCAAAACAAAUUCGCGCUCUCCCGUCGACGUUCACAGCGGCAUGUCGGUUGUCUACCGUACCAAUUGAAAACUCUGAGUUCAAUGAAAUGGAAGAGCCGCCAAUGGUAUACGGUGGAUACACGGAAUUGCGCCAGGCAUGGGUGUCUAAUUUGGAUACUAUAAAGGAAAAUCCUUCUACAAUCAUAGAUUUACAUCCCCAAGUGUUUGGAUCGAGACCAAGAAUUGAUAUAAUACAUGAAAAUGUUGUGUGGCAAAGAAAAUAUAAAUAUGUUAGUUACGCUAAUACCAAAGUUACAGCCGAGGUAAAUAUGAGCAGUAAAAAACCUUGGCCACAAAAGGGUCAAGGACGUGCUCGACAUGGUACUAGACGUUCUCCGCUGUUCAAAGGUGGAUCAGUUAUACACGGUCCACGAUCUCAUACAACUCACUUUUAUAUGCUCCCGUUCUACAAAAGAGUGUAUGGACUCACGUCAACAUUAUCUGUCAAGCUAGUUCAAGACGAUUUACACAUUGUAGACAAUUUGGAUUUACCCACAGACGAUCCUGGAUACAUCAAUGAUUUAGUUGAUUCAAGACUUUGGGGACCCUCAGUUCUAUUUAUAGACGAUACUGAUACAAUGCCAAGGAAUAUCAGCUUAGCAUUGAACCAAAUCAAACACAUGAAUCUGAUGCCAGUUUAUGGUUUGAACGUGUACAGCAUGCUAAAACAUGAAACCCUCGUUUUGACUGUAGCUGCAGUGAAAAAGAUUCAAGAUCGACUUCUUUACCAAUUACAUAGGCCUGAUGGUCAUCAAGCUACAAGAAAGUUCAUGUUAAAUAAACAGAAUUAAUAUAAAUUAUAUUGAGGAAAUAUCAAUUUUGAAAAUAUAUUAUAGUUGUUUUUUAA